AUGCGGCGUUUAUGCCCAACCCCGUACGUCUCAGGCGAUGGCUUGUGGUCUCCUGCGGUGUUUCGAUAUGUUGCCGCCCGCUCUCAACACCCGCGAGGGGAUGUGGACGGCCUGUUGAGAGAAAUUAACCGCCUGGGAGCCCGGCGGGGUCGUGGCGGACACAAACUGCGGGUCUCGGCUUCAAUGCUGCGAUCAAAGCAAACAAGUAAAGAGGUGAUGAAAAAACAGGAUCCAUUGCAUGAGCAUUCAACAAGGCAGAAGGAAGUUGUACGUAAAUUACAAAACCCAGUGGUGAUUGCAGAGCCACCCAUGUAUACAGAUAUUGCGUGUACAUUACAAGAGUUAGAAGGUGCGCUGUUUCAAUUAGCAAAGAAUGAAUCUCUGGAAACUGAGAAUCAACAUAUUAAUAUGCAAUCCAAAAGUAUAGUUAAGGAGAAGAAUAAUGAUGAUAAUGAUAACAAAUUAUCUGAAACUUCUGUGGAAUUAAAUGAAGUUGUUGGGGAACAUUUAUCGGAAAAAAGUUCUCAAGAUCAAAACACCAUCAAGACAGCUGGAUCUCAAGAUGUGCUUUCAUGUUGGUCGAAUACCGAAGAGACUGUAGUAGAUCCUUUAGAAAUUGAUUCGGUACUUCACGUGACAUCUUUACACAACUCAAUCUUCACACUUGAACUUCACAAACAACCCCGAUCCAUACGAGGGAUUAUUACUCUAAUAAGUCAAACUUUAUCUAAAGUGGAAUCUUUGACAGAGUCGACGAAUUCAGAAAUAACUUUGAUGUUUCGUACAGUGCCCAACCUUCCUUUCUUUACACCUCUGCAAUCUGAACUUGAGUUGACUCCUUUAUCCCGACUUGAGUUAAUGAUGUCAAAGGAAAGACUGUUUCAACGUAUGCAAGAAGAUGCUUUAACUCGAGGUAUAUCUUUUAAGGCAGAAUUACAUGGUUCUGCACUUGACUUUGGAGCUGAGCUUUUCUUUUUUUGUAAUGGUUCCUUAGCAUCUAAUUUGGAUACUUCUUCUAUAAAAAUAGGAUUUCCAUCUAUUCCCCUAGGUGUAUGGCCAUCUCCAUAUGUAGUAAAACAUGUUUCCUUUACAAUGAAUUUAUUGGAGAAUGCUUGUAUUGUGAUUCCCACUCUACACACCCUCUCAUGGGAGAAAAUAAAUAAGACAUAUCCGAAACUAAUACGAGGAUUACAAUCCACUGAUCAUGAAAUAUCCCGUAUAUGGGAUAAAGUUUAUUUAUUUUCUUUGGAAAGUAUGAAAACAAUAUAUAGUUUUUUUGGAUUUAAGUCAAAAUAUUACCCAAUAAAGAAGAAAAGAGGGGAUUUUAUUCUGGAUCAAUGGGAUGUAUAUUGUGGAGUUGUGAAAUCUACAGAUAAAAACAAUAGAAUCAAUACUAUUUCUUAUUCUAAAGAUAAUGAAUGUUUGGAAUUGUAUGCGACACUUUUGGGAACUUCUGAAUUUCUUAAUACAGCAACGGUUGUAAAUUCUCUUCGUCGUAUGCACCGUCGACUGUUAGAACCACCACCAUCACCUCGUCUUGAAGAGUAUGUAGAGAUGGGUUUAACAGACUUAAAUAAUGGUAAGAAAUUAAAUUCUUUUUUGGUUUUUCCUGAAGGUUCAUCACCUGCAAUCGUUCGAUUAAUUGCUGAGCAACGUGCUAGUAGAGGAAGUUCAGAGAUCCAAACUGCUAUGAUGUUUGGGGAUGCAGAAUAUAUGAAUGAGGCGGUAGAAAUGUUAGAUUGUGCCGUCAUUGUUACACCUUUGUGUCCAACAAAGUUAAUAUCGACUUGUGAAGGAACUAUAAUGGAGGUUCAUUUACGUAGUACGCCAAUGGUGAGUACUGAGAAAAGGAAAGAAAUUCUCUCUUCUGCUUUAGCCUAUUUACAAUCUAAAGAAAUACCUUAUAUUGUGAGCAAAGGUGAUGUUGGUAAACGUCUCGUUGCAGCACUCUCAAUGGAAUUAUGUCAACUCUCUCUGGAAGUAGAUAUGGGGAUUAUUGAAGCUAUUGCAAAACAGUAUUUGGGUUUCCGAAUUAGUCCAUUUCAACUGAUGGAUUAUUAUGACACAUCACGACUUUCACGUAUGCUACAACAGUAUACACAUAUGAUAGAGGAAAGACAGACCGUUUCUGCAGCUUUUCAGUUAUUAUCUCAGAUGAAUGUAGAAGGUUAUGGUGGUGACUGUAGUUGCCAUGGCGGUUUUUAUAAUCGAACUGGUCAUUUAAACCGAGAUGUUGUGAGUAUGAGUAUGAGGCGAAAACAAAUUACGUGGAAUGAUGUUCUUAUCCGACUUUUAGCUGUUCUUGUGAAUGAGAGUUCUUCUAUACUACUAGAAGGAUGUGUUGAAACUGUACAAGAUAUUAAUCUUAUUUCUAUUAGUGCACUUACGUUAAAUCCAUCUACUGGUGGAUUACUCUCCUGUGUGGAUAACUACAUUGAGUUUGCAACGCUUGUAAAGUGUAUGUUGUACAUGUCAAGAGAACUUGGGGUCAUUUCUCCACCUUCUCCGUUGCUGCUGGCGAUGUUUGAAAGAGGUGAAACAUUCCAAACUCUUUCUAAAGAGACACUUCUUCAGUUAAAGCAAAAGACAUAG